AUGAAGCCAAUUGCCUUGGUGCUACUCUGUCUGGCUCUGGGCAGCCAGGGACGUGUGCUGCAGCCGUCCAAGGAGGCGCUCGAUAUACCCGUUGCCAUCAUCAAAGAGCCAGAACCGCAGGCUCUGCCGCUGAUCAGCGCGGAGCAGGAGCAGCCCAUCAAGUCGGAGCAGCAGCAGCCCAUCAAGUCGGAGUCGGAGGCGGAGCCCGCACAGCCCAUAUUGAAGUCCCUGCCCGCCGAGGCAGUUGUUGAGGCAAACGCUGAGCAGCAGGUCGCUCCCGUGGCAGACGCUGUACCCGUCGAGCAGCAGGCGGUGGAGCAGGAUGCAGUGCAGCCGCAUGUGCGCCAGGCCACGCAGGCGACGCCCACGCAGCAGAGCACAACGCAGCAGAACUUUGUGCAGCAGCUGAUACAGAACUCACCCAUUGGCCAGUUUCUCAACCAGUUCAACGGACAGCAGCAGCAGUCAUCGCAACAGGUGCAGGCGGAUCAGACAGCGACGCCGGCGCCGACUGUGCCCGGUUUCUUGAAUCCCGGCGCGGCCAUAACCUCCGCUCAGAAUGCGGUGCAGAAUGCGGCACAAACUGUAGUGAAUAGCACCACGCAGGCCUUCCAGGGCAUACAGCAGUUCGCCAGCAAUCUGGGCACCCAGUUCCAGAACACACUCUCCGGCCUGACGGGCCAGCAAAACGCACAGCCGACCACAGCACGUCCGCCCGGGCCCAUUCAGUCGUUUGUGAACAAUGUCUUUGGCGGCGGCAACAAUGCAACAGCGACUGCUGCGGCACCAGCUCAGGGACAACAGGGCGGCGGACCGCUGCAGGGCAUCAUCAAUUUCCUGGGCGGCAAUCGGCCACAGAAUGCACCAGCUGCAGCGGCUUCGGCUGUAGCUGCGGCUGUCACCGAGGCGCCCAUCAAGCAGCCCGGCGUCGACGACAAGCUGGAGCAGGCCGACGAUGUGGCCGAGCAGCCAGCCGAAUCGGAGAACGAGGUGCGCAACAGCGGCGAGGCCAUCGAUGACUCCUUCGAGGAGGCGGUGCCCGCCAACGAGGUGAUUGUGGUCAACGAUGAUGCCUCCGCCGAUGUGCCAGCCAGCAGCAACAAUUCUGUUGAGCAGCAGCCGGAACAGCAGCCCGCUGAUGCAGUUGCUCUCUAA